AUGUUGGAUUCUGUUUUAACAAGGCAUUUUAAAUUUAAUGAUCAUAAAUAUGAUUCAAAAAAGCACACAAUGUAUAUUACAAAAAGAAGAAAUUCUCAUAAUAAUUCAUUUGAUUUAUAAUCUAGUAGAGAUUAAUCAUAUGGAUACUUCAAUCAAUAACUAAACUACGUAAAUUAUAUAGUAUGCUAAGUGUGCAGUUGAUUAUUAUGAUGUUCCUAUGCCGAAAUAUACUUAGAAAGGCUUUUCUACUCCUGUUAAGAAACUAAAGUAAUCUCAAAAAAGAAGUAAUUCAUACCAUUUCCAUUCACAACCUAAGCAAAAUUGUUAAAUACUUAAAUUUGAAGGCUAUAUUUCUAGAGAAUCACCUUUCAGGAACUGGAUAGGAAUUAUGAACAAAUCUUCUGCAUCAAGAGUAUCUCAAAUUUAACGAAUUCAUGUAAUUAAUAUACAUAUUAUAGAAUUAAGUAAGAAUUAUAGAAAAGAAUCAAAAAAGUGAAUCAUAUCAAUUAUAAGAAUAUUUAAAUGCUGUUAAUGAUAGAAUUUAAUGGAAUUCACUUCCUAAAGUCUUCAAUUACCAAAGAUGUUAAACUCCAGAUAUUUUAAAAGGAGCAAGAGAAAGAAUAAAAAAGUUUUGA